AUACCCUUUCCUGAUGGAGGGACCAGGAAGUCAUGAUGAACAUGAACAUAUAAUUGAUAUAACAAGGGACAGAGUUGGUUCUGCAUCAGACUUGCAUGGUCGCAACAACAAUGAGUUAGAGGAAUCUGAUUAUGAUGAUAGGUCUUCAACAAUUGUACGGGUUCACAAUGGUCAGCCACCUUCAGCAUCUGAUUCUAGAAAUGCUUCAUCUGGGAGGAGACGUGAUAGUCAUCGUCUCCAGCGUGGAAGCCCUUUAAAUUCAGGUUUUUGGAUUUCAGUUGAGCUUGUUGUCAGUAUAAGCCAAAUUAUUGCGGCUAUUAUUGUCGUCGCGUUGUCAAGACAUGAGAAACCAGAGACUCCAUUAUUUGCGUGGAUAAUUGGUUACACCAUAGGCUGUGUUGCAUCUCUUCCUCAUCUUUAUUGGCGCUACAUUCAUUGUAACACUCCUGGUUUAACUCAAGAAUCAGCUCAUCUCCAUCAGAGUUCUCAAGUCAUUACUACAGCACCCACGCCUUACACCAUAAUGUCUGUCAAUCAAGUGUUAGAAGGAGAACACCUCCAUAGGACUGGUGCUGUAUUACAUAUUCGCCAGAGUUUGGUCAUUGCCAGUCCAAGGUUGAAUGCGGCUGUUGGCCAUUUCAAGAUGGCCUUGGAUUGCUUUUUUGCAGUUUGGUUUGUUGUUGGCAAUGUGUGGGUUUUUGGUGGCCAUUCUUCUGCUUCUGCUUCUCCAAACUUAUACAGGUUAUGCAUAGUUUUCCUUACAUUCAGUUGUAUUGGAUAUGCCAUGCCAUUUAUCAUGUGUGCAGCAAUCUGUUGCUGCCUGCCUUGCAUAAUUUCUAUCCUGGGCUUGAGAGAGGAAUUUAAUCAGACCAGAGGUGCUACCACAGAUAUGAUUUGUUCACUGCCGACUUACAAAUUCAAGUUAAAGGUUAGCCAAAAUGGGCAAGAGAAUGAGCCUAGUUUGGAAGACACAUAUGAGGGUGGGAUCUUAGGUGUUGGUACUGACAGGGAACGGGUAGUUUCUGCUGAAGAUUGUAUAUGCUGCAUAUGCUUGGCGAAGUACAAGGACAAUGACGAUCUUCGUGAGCUCCCAUGCACACAUUUUCUUCACAAGGAAUGUGUGGAUAAAUGGCUCAAGAUUAAUGCGUUGUGCCCCCUCUGCAAGUCUGCUAUAUGGUAGAUCACCACCUCCACAACAAAGAUAGAGAGCACAGUCAAAUGCCCCAUGCCUAAAAAGAUCCAGAUUCAGAGCGGAUUGUUUCUCCCCUGGAAUUGCUGCUAUGUUAUUUUGUGUGUAGUUGUAUAUAUUAUUACCAAGAGCGUUCUGGCCCUCUUUUAAAUUGCUUCCUCAGAUGUUGUGUUGUAUAAAAACUUUAUAUAAGCAAAAAACGAACAUGCGAAUCCUAUGUCUAUCCACCCCUAUCUAGCCUCCAGACAAAAUGGCAAGACAAUCAAGCUGUGGAUCAUUAUUGCA